CUUGUGUUCAUUUUUUUUAAAUUUAUUUUUGCACCAAGGUAAUUAGCGUAAACACUUCUUGUAGAAAAACCAAAAUUCGAAAUUCACGUGAAAAGCUCGGAAAAAAAAUUCAAAUGAGAAGGCCAAGAUUAUUUUAAUUCACGGUGUUUAUAUUUUCUUGCAGUGGAAAAUCUUGUCAAAUUUCCCAUUGGGUUGGAUUUUCCAAUGUUGGUGUGACUGAUCAUGUGAAGAAAAAUGAAUGAAUAUGACUCAAAAAUUGUGAUGUUCUGUUUUGUUUUCGUCGUACUUAUUUUCAUUUAUAAACCUUGGAUCUGGAUUUAUGACUUUUCGCCAUUGCUUACUCUCUCAUCAAUCUCCAGGCUACGCCCGGCAAAUCAAACCAGGAGUGAUGAAGCAACUAUUCACUCCCCAAUUCCAAGAAGCCCAAUCAAUUGCCACACCUCUUAUGGUAGCUAUAAUCUCUGCUCAAUCAACAGCCCAACUGUGCUGGAUCCAAAACUUAUCACUUUUUAUGAUUUGGGCCCAACAAACUUGCUGGAAAAGGACCCUCGAAAUCGGAAGACCUCCACGAUGGCCCGAAUCAAGGAGGCCACUCUCACCUCAGGCCCAAUAGGCCCACGUUGCAUGGUCCGACAUAACGCCCCGGCCCUAUUAUUCAGUGUAACCGGAUCCAACUUAUGCACAGGAAAUUUCUUCCAUGCUUUCAAUGAUGGCCUUAUCCCUCUCUUCAUCACCGUCAAUUCGGUCUUCCCCAAGGAUGAAGACCGGGUCCUCGUGAUCUCUACUUCGUGUGAUUGGUGGGUUCGGAGGUAUGUAGAUUUGCUUCAGAGUUUCAGCAAGCACCGGAUUAUAACCAUUGAUAAUGAUACAGCCACCCAUUGUUUUCCUUCUGCCAUAGUGGGCCUAGUGUCUCAUGGGUUCAUGACCAUAGAACCCAAACUAAUGCCCAACUCACAGACCUUGCUGCAUUUCCAUGCAUUAUUAGACAAAACCUAUGGCCAGAAAUCAAACCAUCCUCCAACCACCUCUAUCUAUCCUAUUUCCAACUCCCCAAGAUCCCGUCCACGCUUCGUGUUAGCAACCCGUAGCAAUGUUAGCAUGGGACGCGUGAUAUUGAAUCAGGCUGAGCUGAGGAAUGCGGCAGAUGAGGAGGGUUUUGAAGUCAUUGAAUUCGAACCAAAAGUUGAGACUCCUUUGAGUGAAAUCUACAAAUUGAUAAGUUCAAGUCAUGUGUUGGUGGGGGUCCACGGGGCGGCACUCACUAACCUGUUGUUUCUACGGCCAGGGUCGGUGGUGGUGCAGGUAGUGCCGAUAGGGGUGGAGUGGAUAGCGGGGGCGUGCUUUGGGAAGCCGGCAAACGACAUGGGGUUAGAAUACAUGGAAUAUAAGAUUGGUGUGGAGGAGACUAGCUUGAGGGAGAAGUAUGGGAAGGAUGAUUUGGUGAUAAAGGAUCCAUUGGCUCUUCAAAGGAAGGGUUGGUCUAAAGAAAUCAUGGAUAUAUAUUUGGUGGAACAAAAUGUGAAGUUGGAUCUUGUUAGGUUUAGGAGGUACUUGAAGAAAGCAAAUGAAAAGGCAAGGGUUUUCAUGGAAAGAGAGGGUUAGCAAGUUGCAUGAAGGUCAUUUA